UGCUGAUCUAAUCACCUCCCUGGUCCCAUGUACAGUCAGUGUGUCUUCAAUCCAGAUCUACACAAGGCAGAGCCCUCCAGAAGUUUACUGUCCUGGUGUGGCAGGAGCUGUGUGCCUGGCUGGGCACACUUUGAUGGACACCCUGAAUAUCACCGAGCACCGCCGGCCGCUGGUCCUUGUGAUUGGUUUUACCAUUUUCCCAUGGGUGAGUUCAGAUGGAAAUUCAACUGCACAACCUGAAACAAGAAGUUUUCCAUGUCCUAUGUACAUAGAGAACUGCUCAGAGAUUUCAGCGCCAGCAAGAUGGAGGGGUUAUUUCUCCCGAUGUCCAAAGUCAUACAAACAUUACUGUGUAAAAGGAAAAUGUCGCUUUGUUGCAGCCUUGAAGGAACCAUCUUGUAGGUGCGAAAAAGGGUACACCGGGAAAAGGUGUGAAUAUCUUGACUUAUUUUAUUUAAAAGAAGAUCGAGGUCAGCUGGUUGUAAUUAGUCUGAUCAUCGCCAUGGUGUCCCUCAUAAUUGCCAUUAUUAGCAUAUGCAUAUGUUCACAUCGCUGCAGAAAAGCACAUAGAAGAAAACUGAAAGCACAGGAAAUUGAAAACCUGAAUAAUGAUUCCACUGGGAAAAUAGAAGAAACCCAAUUUGCCUAGAGGUUACAAUGAAGCGACCUGCAGGCAGGUUUAAUGCUGCUGUUACAGAACAGAAUAGGCUCUGCCAUUGGAUAAAUGUGGAGGACUAUGCAACUCGUAUACGACGGAAACACUGUAAAUCCAGUGGCUGCAACUUGGAUUAGGUUUUGAUGAUUUGGUAUCAAAAAUGUUGUUCUAAGCACAAGGUAUCAUCAUCCAGAACCACCCUUGUUAAUUCUAUGUUGCCCGACUGACCCCAGUCAAUGAUGUUUUGUAAUAUUUAUUUUGGCAGAUAUGAAUUAUUGUGGAAAUUGUUAAAUUGAUCUGUUUUUCUGAUUAGCUUUAAUUGAC